UAUACCGGCCCCCCUUGCUGUAUUCUGAUGCAGCUGCUUCUGGCCGGCAGACUUCUAUCUUGACAGGUUCGGAGCAGAAGUUGAUCUCAUAUUUCAGUGAUGCCCUGUGGCAUUGCUAUUUGCUAUUGGCAACCCUAGAUGGUGGCAUGCUUGCGCCACUGCUCUUCAAGUUGAAAAGUUUUUAUCUUAUCGGGCUGGAGCAGAACCUAAUUUCUUUUAGUUACCUCCCUGCGCCCUGUGCCCAGGGGGCCUGUAUCAUAUCAUGCUAGUGUUGACACUCCUGGGAUUGACGGAGACGAAUGCACUCUUUGGCUGUCUAUUUACCUUCUGUCCAUUCUGCAAUAUAAAAUGGCCCCUCUUUAGCUGGCUUUCCCUCCAGCAAUCUGCUACAUCAUCAACUGUAUUACAUACCAGCUUAACCGCACUCAUAACCACCAUCAUGUACAACAACAACACUGAGCAAUGCAACUGCACCUCCAACUGCAACUGCCAAGUUGGUUCCUGCAGCUGCGUUAAGAACUAAACACCACGCGCAAGUGCACUUGCCUUGCCGUAUAUAUAAACACAAAU